GAGAAUCCUCACCUGGUGUGGUUCCCGUGAUUUCGGGUGGGUUAUUGGGGGUCGGUUGUCGUUCUAAAGGCCGGAACUGCCGGCUGCCAGCUCCGGUCACCGGACGACGCAGGUUAUUUAGUGGUCUAUUCAGUGUUCACGAUCCGAUCGUUGCAGGAGUUUGGAAAUCCCGCUGCUUGAUGUGAAAUGUCCAUUCCAGAUGAAGAAGACGAGUUCUUAGCUCAAUUCAUCGAAUCAGAGGUCCUCUCGGAGGUCUCCGACAAGGAAGAGGGGAACAGGGAGGAGGAACCAAAACCUAAGAGAGCUCGAAUCGAACAAAUUAACCCUAACGAACAAAGAGAGGUAGCUUCGGUCACAACUUCGUCCUCUCAAUCACAAUCCAAGGGCGUCGUUCCCGGGAGGAUUGAGACUGGAAUUUUCAGUAAAGUUCCUCCGGAGCUCUUCCGCCAUAUCCUCAAGUUUCUCUCAUCAGAGGAUCUGGUUUCUUGUUCACUGGUUUGUCGUUUUUUAAACUCUGUGGCGUCUGAUGAAUCAUUAUGGCGAAGAUUAUAUUGUCUACGAUGGGGUCUGAUGCCCGUGACCAAGAAGUUGCGCCAAUGUCCUUGGAAAAAACUUUACAUUCAGCGUGAUGGAGAAGAUAUGACUCAACUGGUUCGAGAUUGCUCUUCCGAGUUUAAAGAGUACUACAUCCAAAUGCAAGCAGCAAAAAGAAGUCAAGCUCCUCUUCCUUCUCAGGUGCAGGAUGACCAAAUAAUUCUUGACAGGACUGUGGCUGAUCAAGUAUCUUCAUGGAAAAGCAGCAAGGGCUUGGCUGACAAGAUAGUCAUAGAUCACACUUGCUCUGGAGAAACUUGUACAUAUUACCAAAUUGGAGAUGCAUUUGUAUGUGAAAAAACUGGACUUGUUCAUGUAUGCGAUGACACAUGCAGAGAAGUCAUUAUGGAUCCCGAUGAUGAACAACUUGUCUGCAGAAUAUCUGGACACUGCUUUGAUAAUCUGCUUUUGCCAGAUUCUACGGAACCGGAUUCGGAACAGCAACUAGCAGGUGUAACCGAUGAGGCGGAGGCAGAACCAUUCAUGGGUUCGGGCCGUUUUGCUCGAGCUUACUUGCUGGGAUACAACUGUGCUGAUGAGGCAGAGCUAGAAGCUACAUUGAGGUUUUGCUGAUAUUCAGAACUGGAACGAGUUUGUUGGGUUUGGGUGGUUGGAGCCUUUGUUUGAUUGAUUGAAAGAAAGAAACUCCUGCAGGUUCCAAUUUUUGGAGAGAAAACUGCCUCUUUGACAGUACAUGGUUUAUAUUAGUUAUAAUUUCAUUGUGGAGUAGAAGUUCGUUAAUUAGGUAACAUAUAAUACAUAAUAUACAUCAUCAACUGUCUUACAUUCGGAGUCUC